AAACAAUUGUGUUUUGAUUAUUCAUAUUACUCACUUUUUAGUUGGCGCUUCACGAACAAGAACAAAGUUUUCUACGAAUCAAAAUGGCCUCACAACAGUAUUCUAAUAAUCCUCCUUCCUACGACCAGGUGGUUGCCGAAAGCUAUCAUCAACAAAUAGCUGCAGCUACGGUUCAUGCAGAACCAUCUGCCCCGAGUGCUUCGUCCGCCUCAUACCCGAGACAAGAGUUCGUACAGCAACAACCGACCGCUCACGCAUUUGUGGCUCCCGUGCAGGGAACCGUGCCAUACUACGGAGCCAUGGAUGGCAAUAAAGUGACCGUGCAGAUAAUGCCUCAGGUGACGACACAACCACUUCCGGGGCAACGGGCCGAAACAAUUACACAACAAAUUAUCGUCGUCAACGGAUGUCCGGCCUGCCGGAUUGGUAUGCUGGAGGAUGACUAUUCCUGCCUGGGAAUAUUCUGUGCCAUAUUCUUCUUCCCGUUGGGUAUUUUGGUAUGUCUGGCGCUACGCAAUCGACGUUGCACGAACUGUGGUGCACAGUUUUAGGGUGGAGGAAUACCAUGAGCUCAUUUAUACGGACAUUUAUUUACUGGAUUGGUAUGUGAUACAGUAUCGAAUUAACCGCUGUUAAGAAACCCUAUUUCAUAGCAGGGAAAUAUACGUUGUUUCAACAGUUUA